AUGGCAGCGCUGAGACAGGAGCAUCGGUAUGGGCUCUCCUGUGGCAAAAUCAACAAAAACACCCCGAACCAGAGCCUGUAUCACGUCAAGCUCACUGACACCGCCAUCCGGACCCUGGAAGCCUACCAGAACCUGAAGGCGUCACUAUCAAAUCAGCCAGCGAUCUGCUUCAAGGGGAGCCAGGGGUACAUAAAGAUCCCAGCACCAUCGCCUGAAUCUCCUGAUGGAUUUAGAGUCUUCUCUUUCUACCUAUCCAGUGACAGCAAAGACAAGCCUCAGUCCAGCUUUGACUGCAUUCACCAAUAUGUCUCGGGGGAGGGCAGGGAUCACCUGGAGGGACAGGGCAGCAUCCAGGACAAGAUCACAGUCUGUGCUACAGACGACUCGUAUCAGACGACCCGCGAGCGCAUGUCUCAGGUGGAGAAGGACAUCUGGAGCCGCUCAGCAAUUGAGAUCAAGCCAGGGCCAAGUAAGUGUGUGAAGGUCCAAAGGAAGCAGGGUCCGGUAUCAGGCUCUGACAGCAACAACAAGCACUCCCCCAGCAACAAGAGGAGCUUGGUUCCCAGCGUCGUGGCACACCGGCCCUUGAGGGAUCGCAUCAUUCAUCUUUUGGCCUUGAAGCCCUACAGGAAACCUGAGCUGCUACUGUGGUUGGAGAGGGAGCGAGCCAGUCCAAGGGACAAGGCUGACCUGACCUCGGUACUUGAUGAGGUUGGUAAACUAAACCCUAAAGACCAGAGCUACUCUCUGAAGGAUGAGCUCUACAGACACGUCCAGAGAGACUGGCCUGGAUAUCUGGAGGAGGAAAAGCAACUCGUCCACAGGCUCCUAAUCAGGAAACUUCAGCCACUCCACAGUAGCCAGCUGAAGAGUCCCCAGUCCAGCCAUGCAUUCCACAAAACUCCUGGGGACUCUCCUUCACAGCUCAGCCCUGCCAAGAAUCUCUCUGUGAAACGCCCACUACCCUCAGACUCAUCCAACUGUCAGACACCCAAAAAACAAAGACUAUUAGACCAGUGCUCGUCUCUGGUAUCUCCCUCUCACGGAGACUACACCGCCAAUGGUGCUUAUAACUCCUCCAGUCAUGGAAACCCCAGUGCACAGAUCAAAAUAGAGUUUGACAAACCCAACAAUCAUCUCCAAGGGAGCCUAAAUGGUGUGUACUCGCCGCACAAACUCAGCGUGCCAUCCACUAUCCCCAAACCGGAGAGAACGGCACCAGCUCCUACUGCUCCCAGCCCCAAGCCCCCACACAUUGACCAGCAGUUUGCCAAUGGUCAGCAUAAAAAGAAGAGGUCCAAAAAGCACAAAGACAAGGAGCGAGAGCGUCUAAAGCCAGAAUGGAUAGAGACCAGCCCAGACCUCAAGCAGAACCAGGAAAAUCUCAAAGACCACGAAGGAGAGAAAACACCUGUCAACAGAACCUCUGUGGAGGAGAAGCCGGAUUAUUUAAUAAAAUACAGCGCCAUAACAGCACUGGAGCAGCGUCAAAAGUACAAGGACGACUUCUGUGCCGAAUACGAUGAAUACAGAACUCUUCAUGAUCGGAUCGGGGCUAUCACAGAGAUGUUUGUUCAGUUGGGCUCAAAGAUCAACACACUCUCGCCAGGAACACAAGAAUACAAGAUUAUGGAGGACCAAAUACUACAGAAGUACCGAAAGUAUAAGAAAAAGUUUCCUGGAUAUCGGGAAGAGAAGAAGCGAUGCGAGUACCUCCAUGAGAAACUGUCGCAUAUCAAAGGCCUGAUCUCAGAUUAUGACCGAGCACAGGAGCUGUCCUAGUAACGGGCUGCUGCCCUCAACAGGGUGUAAUAAGACUGGACCAAAAGGCUACUAAUGGACCCCCAGACUGUCCAGCUGGGUCCUUGAGUCGCUGAGACACUAUUCACUUUACUACUCCUCAGAGUGUUAAUGGAAUCAAGGAGCAAGGUCCUUUUUCAAAUGUGUUGAGACCAUCGACUCAUGAUCAAACGUGGCUCUUUAACACAAUGGUUUCCACCUAUUAGUAUCGUCGCUGUAAUAGUUGGACUUGGUUCUUCUGUAAAAUAGUCAAAUGACAGAGUCAAAGCCAAAUUCACUUUCCUGAAAUGCAAAACAGAUGUGAUCAUUCCUGCCUAACUGCGCUUUUCUGUACUUCAGCUUGUCAGAACUAAAAAGCUUGGAUUUAUAAAAAGUAUUAAAUUGAUGGUACAAUCACUCGAGGGGGAAACAAAUACUACUUAAGUUUAUAUAUUUAACAUGAAGAGGGUUUUGCUUAUAUGCUAACAAAAAGUCAUAUGUGGACUUGGCGCCUCCUUUAGUAGCUACAAUUCUAGGAUCACGUGACAGGAAUAAGGUGUUUUCUCUUCUCUUUCAUAUCACAAGCCAACUGUCAAAAUGCAUGUCCCGCACAGCCUGUAUUUCUAAAGGACUAGUAUAUCGGUAUUUCACUGAAAUGAAGUAAAGCUGUUGCUAAAUGAGCUACUCACCUAGAAUCUCUGGUUGAGAUUGUUCCUUUAGGCCUUGAUCCUAAACAUUUUAUCUGCCAGUGUCCUGUUUCAUUUCUAAGAAAUGUUGAAAUGCCACAAAACCACUCCUUGCAAUAUAUUAAUGCAGGUUUUAAAGUAGUGCUUGUGCACAUUUAGCAUCCGAUUCACCCACAUGUAGCCUCCAGUACCACAACCUGCCUUUCCAGCGUGUCACGAAAAUACACUAUCAAGUAGUACAUCAAGUCUAAUGCCUACAGGUUUACUGAAAUACAGUAUUUACACUAUAAAUGAAGGAGUACAAGUUGCUUUGGGCUUUAUGUGCAGUUUUAAAAGGUUACAGAUUAUAUUCUUGUAAUAACGCUAGUCCACAGAUUUUCUGAAGUUCAAUUAAACAAUUAGGCACCUCAGUGAGUGUCACAUUUUGAUGUUAUGUCUCUGCUGAAUGUGAUAGAGAUGCCUUUGACAUACUGGACUGUAAUGGGUUUUUUCCCCAUAUGUACGCCAAGGGAAGGUGGCACUGUGUGUCCAGUCAACUGGUUUAAACCGGUGGUUUGUUUGGCUGCAAGGCACAUGUCUACCUGUAGGGGCUGCUGUGGAGCUUGUUUUGGACGUUUUGGAGAUACACUGAACCUGUUCCACACACUUCAGUUAGCAGUGGCCUAGGAAAUAAUAGGAGAUAAAGAUCCGUGCCAGUGACAUCACAUAUUCAUCAUAUUAGCUGUACUCACUGUUGUCUUAAUGUUGGGAAAAGGAAGUUUGCCUUAACAUGUAUGUCAGAGCAUUUCCAAGAUCGUCAUACUCCUGUUGUGAGAUAUUUACCCUGCACACUUCUGUUAUAGUCUUUUAGUUUGAAGGGAAAGUUCAGUUACUCUGUAUUUGUGGUGCAACAGUUGUUCAAUACGUUUUUUUUUCUUUGUGCAUGUCUUUAAGUAUUUUUUAUUUUAGCUUCAUUUGUUGUAUCAUGAUCUGUCAGAUAAUCAUGAACUGUACAGUUCACUGACCAAUUUUAUCGAGCACCACUGUCAAAAGGAGAGCUUUACAGUUUUCACUGUUACAAAUUCCACAUCUUUGCAGAUAAAUGUACACUCUCCAGUCGGGGUUCUGGGACGUUUGAAGGAUGAACUAGCAACACGUACUUUGUCUUGGCACAUAUGAACAUUUUCAAGGCAGUAAUAUUUAUUAGCACUGACUAUUGGAAAGAAAACUGUACGCCCAGAUGGCAUUUACCACUUUUGACAUUAAAAAUUAUCAAAGCUCUAAAACUGGAUUUAUAAUGCUUUGCUCCAUCUACAGACAGAUUUUCAUUUUGCAUCAUUAGUGACUGCUUAGAUCUGUUUUCAGGACCAGACCUCUUACUGUUUUUUUACCCCUUUGUCUAUGUGCUUUUUGACAAGCUUAGUAGAGGUGCUAUGCUAAUUAAAUCAUCUUGAGUUAAUGAUAUGUCAAUAUUACUGAAAGCACCUGCAUUUAGUUCUGGUACCAGGUACUUCAUCAAAGCAGACACUGUGGAAACUAAAGUGUUUCUUUCAUUAAUGGCAAGAUAAAAAUGGCCAAGAGAACCCGAAAGUAAUUAACAGAACUAGUUAAACUUUUUCACCAAAUAAUACAGGUCAACUAUAAUCAAGCAAACUCAGACUGAUCAUCGAGUGAAUGAAGAUAGCCAUCGGGUAACCAGACCCCUGAUGAAAGUGUCUUCUCAAGUGCUAGCUGUGAUGUUUUUACUGUUGCAGGAGCCAACUACUCAAUGUGCCUUUCAUUGAGAAAGCAGAGACACUCUGCAUCCUGGUAUUUGACAAGAAAACAUGGGCCAGCAGUAAUUCCACACUGUUUCACAGACUGUUUCCACAGUUCAAAGUGCUUUCUUCAACAUUUUCCAGUUACACUGGUAUCAAAUGCCUUGUAAAAUAUAUUAUGUGUACUGGGACUAACAUGAGAAUAUAAAUCAAGAGCAGGAUUUUCAUCUAAUUGUAUCUGUUUGCAGAUUUGUAUAUUCAAAAGACCAACUGGGGUUUGUCCUGAUUUCUGUUUUUAAGGAAAUUGUUAUAAAAUAAUUCUUACAGGGGCACUUAAUUGGUAACUUGAUACUGGAAAAAGAAAGUUAAUUUAAAUGUGAACUCAAACAUGUCAUCAGUUUUAAAUGACUUUAACUGAUCUAUGUGGAAGAACAAAUGUCUUUAUUUAUUGCUUUAUAUGCAUCUGUUCCUUUAGUGGAAUUCAACCCAACAAUCUGUUUAUUCUUUUCUUGUCAAAGCUCACAGUACAGUGAAAGGGAAGUGAAUAUAUUUUUUGCAUUUUCUGAUGGUGGAUGUUUUAUCAUGAUGUCCUUCUCCUCAUGAGACAAGCUUACAAAGAAAAAACUUGUAAUGUUGUCAGCGUAUAAUUGAGAAAUAAAUCUCUUUCAAUGCAGUG